AUGGCGGGAUUACUAGUAUUUUGUUUAGCGGCGGUCUGUACGUGUGUCACGGGAGAGUUCCAUCUUCCCUCUCGUAUACAAUAUGACGGCGCAGAUGGCUCGCUCUUUGGCUUCUCAUUGUCCUAUCAGAAGAGUAAAGGAAAGCUAAUUGUCGGGACACCUCGGAUAGACCUUGAGGGUGGUGUGGAGUCUUGUCCCAUAUGGCCGACUGGCGCGGACAGAUCAUGUGGUUUCAUACUCCAAUCGAAAAAUAUCAACAGUACCUGGGGGGAAUUUACCAGGGAGUUUAGCCCGGAUCAGCACUUCAUGCUUGGAGCAACAGUUGCUGCAACAUCAGACUAUGUACUAGCUUGUGCACCGUUGUUCACAAUAAAUCAAAAAAGCGUGAAUAGUGAAACAAAUAAGCAACAUACAAAAAUUCUGCCAGUCGGCCGGUGUUUCAUCCAAAAGGAUGCAGCCGGUCCAUCACUACUAAUUCCAUAUCAACAAGAUAAUAAAGGGACCUCUCUCGGUUGGAGUGCGUGGGUGGACGAGGCUGAUGACAUGCUGCUGAUAUCGAAGCUGACCGGCGCUCACAGUGCCGUCAUGUACACUCGCGCGUCCAAUCCGGCGGGGUUGGAACAGGCUAACAUAGCCCCGAUCAUUAAAACCCAGAGGUACUUAGGCUCAGCGAUGACUUCGGGCGUGUUUUUUUCUGAUAAAAAGAAAGUCUACGCCAUUGCAUUAGAGGACACCAAACGCAAGGGCUACAUUGGUUUCUUACAUUUCGUGAAGGGUUCUCUCCGAGCCCUUUCGAGUAGACGCGAACGGAUAGAACGCGUCCGCCUCAUAUCGGCCAAGGGGGGUAGGAACAUGUUUGGGGCUUCGCUCCUGAUGGCCGACUUCAGCAGGGACGGGUUCUCUGAGCUGGUGGCGGGGGCGCCGGCGCAGCCCUACAGGGACGAGUACGAAGCGGGCUCUAUAUUCAUCUACCGCGGAGGAUUUGCAACGAAACAGAUAGAAAAAAAUAUAUGCGUCUGUCACAACAGAGCGGGCUCACGAUUCGGCACUGCCUUGGCUUCGAUGGAUCUGGACGACGAUGGUUUGCCAGAGCUGUUUAUUAGCGCACCCUACGAGAAGAAGGGAGGUACCGUUUAUGUCGUAUCUGGUGCGGGAGUGAAAGCACUGCUGGAGAAAGAGAGGGAAGAUUGCACACUCAUCACUGAUAUACACCACCAACCGCUCUCCUCGGAACAUAAGUCCUUUGGAUACGUUAUGCAGCCUGCUCUGAAUUUUAAUAAUAACGGAGGCAAAGUUUUGGCAAUCGGUGCUCCUCUUGUUGAUAAAGUAUUUGUGUACCGAAGCAUUCCUGCAGUAAAGGUGGAAAUUUCCGCCAAACUUAAAGAUAAAGAUAUAGUUUUAGAAUUGGAUAAACAUUUUACAGUUACUGUAAUCAUAAAUAUAACGUAUCCCGUUAAUCAGACCAAAUCGUCAGGGUUGUUAUUCGUGACGACAGAUAUAUCAGAUCGGAAUCAAAACCAGAAACCUGUUAUGGACGAGAACCAAAAAUUUACAAUAGACCUAGCUAAGCACGAGACACGAGUGAUAAAAGAUGUAGUUGUCAAUAUGAAUGAUGAGAAACCUCAUACGUAUGAUUUUGUGGCAAGAGUGGAUAUCGACAAGAGCUUGUUGGUAAAAAAAGAGUUCGACGAAUCUCUAAUAAGGUUGAGUGAGAACAGUGUUAGGCAGUAUAGUUUAGAAAUACUGAGGAGGUGUAAGGGCGGCGAGUGCGUACCUAAACUAAGCAUGGAGCUAAAGUGGAGUAAAAGUUGUCCUAAAUCCGAAUGCACAUAUUAUGUCCUGGGGUCGUCGCUAAAUGAGACCAUGACCGUCGCGAUUAGAAAUGACGGUGACAACUCGUACGUAUCCUGCGCCAAAGUUUAUGUUACGGGGGCUAAGAUAGCCGACUGGAGUUGUGACCCGAGAGAAAUAAGAGAUACCUGUAGAUUUAAAGAAAUUAAGCGCUCUUCUGAGCACCCGCUGACUAUCAAGUUGGACAUGAGCAAGUUUUCGUAUGGAGCGGAAAAACUAGAUGUAGUUGUGGAGCUGUUCAAUAGCUGUUCUGACAAAAAACCGACACAAACUGAAAAGAAGACGAUAAACUACGAGUUGAAUAGCAACGAAAUUGUUGUCAAAGGAUUCUACUACCCUCUGAACGUAACCGACCGAGACAUUGCCGACACCACGUUACCCACUGUGGGCUUGCUGGAAACAUUUACGAUACAAAACAACGGUCCCGUAGUAUGGGAGCAGUUGCUGACCGAGAUAAAGAUUUUGAAGCAACCCUACAUCAACGACUUUGUUAUUUUAAAUGAAGAUUUCUAUUGUGCAAAACAAAAUGAUACAAAGUACAUAAAGUACAGUAACUGCACUUUGAAUUUAGACGCAAAUUCUUAUAUUGAGUUGAAAACGCAAGUCAACAUUACCAAAAACGCAGUGGUUAAAUAUACCAACAAAAAUAAUUCGUUGGUUUUCAAAACGGAAAUAAUUUUAGGCUUUUCACCCACGGAAAUCAAUAAUUUCACGUUAGACGCCACGGCAAUGUACGUUAAAGACAAAAGUUUUAAGAACCAGAAGAGUUAUAUAAUAAUUCUUGCUGUAGUAGUAGCGACAAUUGUGUUGCUGAUCAUUGGCAUUAUACUGUUUAAGUGCGGAUUUUUCGAAAGAAACACAAAGAAGGAGCUGAUUGAACUAAAGAAGGAGUUUAAACGACGCAGCACUAUGAGACGUCCAGAAAGUUCCUGCUAUCGGCGCGUAAGUGAGGGUGAGCUCCACAUUGAGGAGAUACACGAAGACCAGGAGACCUUGGUCCUCGACCAUCCUAAGUCCUCAUGAAGGAGAAGAUAUCAGGAAGAGAGGAAAGCCAAUCAAAAGUGUCAAAACAUGAUACUUUGAAAAUUAUCGUCCAGUUAUUAUUGUUACAAAAUUAAAUACCUAUAA